AUGGAUCAGUGUGAGGACAGAGAGGAGGGAGUCCCUCCCUCUAAAACCACUCUGUGUGGGGAAGCUGAGAGCCAGAGCCACGCUCAGAGGAUUCCUAAGACACUGACAGAAACACAUCAACCAGAACCAGAACCCAGCUGUGUGUCCUUUAAGAGCGACAGGUCAAAGGAUGCCAUCAUUGACUUUAAAUCUUCAGGACCUGCAUCCUCAGAGAGAGUGGACCAGCAGAACUCAGAGGUUCCCAGAGGUCCGUCUGCCCGGCAGCAUCAAACCCAGCUGGACUCCAUAUUUAUGCUGCUGGAGGACAACAUUGUCACUUUUGUGAAGAAUGAGCUGAAGAAGAUCCAGAAGGUUCUGAGUCCAGAUGACCCAGACUGCUCAGAGAGUCAGAGAGAAGAUGAGGAGGUGUUGGAAGGUGAGGAUGAAGAGCAGAGGAGGAGCAGCAGAGAGGCACUGAUGAAGAUCACUCUGAACUUCCUGAGGAGGAUGAAGCAGGAGGAGCUGGCUGACCGUCUGCAGAGCAAACAUUUUGCUGCAGUUUGUCACCAUCAACUGAAAUCUGGUCUGAAGAAGAAGUUCCAGUGUGUGUUUGAGGGGAUCGCUAAAGCAGGAAGUCCAACCCUUCUGAACCAGAUCUACACAGAGCUCUACAUCACAGAGGGAGGGACUGGAGAGGUUAAUGAUGAACAUGAGGUCAGACAGAUUGAAACAGCAUCCAGGAAACCACACAGACCAGAAACAACCAUCAGACAAGAAGACAUCUUUAAAGUCCCACCUGGAAGACAUCAACCAAUCAGAACAGUGAUGACAAAGGGAGUGGCUGGCAUUGGGAAAACAGUCUUAACCCAGAAGUUCACUCUGGACUGGGCAGAGGACAAAGCCCACCAGAACAUCCACUUCAUAUUUCCAUUCACCUUCAGAGAGCUGAAUGUGCUGAAAGAGAAAAAGUUCAGCUUGGUGGACCUUGUUCAUCACUUCUUUACUGAAACCAAAGAAAUCUGCAGCUUUGAACACUUCCAGGUUCUGUUCAUCUUUGAUGGUCUGGAUGAGAGUCGACUUCCUCUGGACUUCCAGAACCAGGAGACCCUGACUGAUGCUACAGAGUCCACCUCAGUGGAUGUUCUGCUGACAAACCUCAUCAGGGGGAAACUGCUUCCCUCUGCUCGCCUCUGGAUAACCAUACGACCUGCAGCAGCCAAUCAGAUCCCUCCUGAGUGUGUUGGCAUGGUGACAGAGGUCAGAGGGUUCACUGACCCACAGAAGGAGGAGUACUUCAGGAAGAGGUUCAGAGAUGAGGAGCAGGCCAGGAGGAUCAUCUCCCACAUGAAGACAUCAAGAAGCCUCCACAUCAUGUGCCACAUUCCAGUCUUCUGCUGGAUCACUGCUACGGUUCUGGAGGACGUGUUGGAGACCGGAGAGGGAGGAGAGCUGCCCAGCACCCUGACUGAGAUGUACAUCCACUUCCUGGUGGUUCAGACCAAAGUGAAGAAGGUCAAGUAUGAUGGAGGAGCUGAAACAGAUCCACACUGGAGUCCAGAGAGCAGGAAGAUGAUUGAGUCUCUGGGAAAACUGGCUUUUGAUCAGCUGCAUAAAGGAAACCUGAUCUUCUACGAAUCAGACCUGACAGAGUGUGGCAUCGAUAUCAGAGCAGCCUCAGUGUACUCAGGAGUGUUCACACAGAUCUUUAGAGAGGAGAGAGGGCUGUACCAGGACAAGGUAUUCUGCUUCGUCCAUCUGAGUGUUCAGGAGUUUCUGGCUGCUCUUCAUGUUCAUGUGACCUUCAUCAACUCUGGUGUUAACCUAACGGUAGAAACACAAACAUCUAAGAAGUCUUUAUUUUCUUGGAAACCUAAACUAAAGUCUCUUCACCAGAGAGCUGUUGAUCAGGCCUUACAGAGUCCAAAUGGACACCUGGACUUGUUCCUCCGGUUCCUCCUGGGACUUUCACUGCAGACCAAUCAGAGACUCCUACAAGGUCUGCUGACACAGACAGGAAGUAGCUCACAGACCAAUCAGGAAACAGUUCAGUACAUCAAGAAGAAGAUCAGUGAGAAUGUGUCUGCAGAGAAAAGCAUCAAUCUGUUCCACUGUCUGAAUGAACUGAAGGAUCGUUCUCUAGUGGAGGAGAUCCAACAAUCUCUGAAUUCAGGAAGUCUAUCCACAGAUGAACUGUCUCCUGCUCAGUGGUCAGCUCUGGGUUUCAUCUUAGUGUCAUCAGCAGAAGAUCUGGAUGUGUUUGACCUGAAGAAAUACUCUGCUUCAGAGGAGGUUCUUCUGAGGCUGCUGCCAGUGGUUAAAGCCUCCAACAAAGCUCUACUGAGUGGCUGUAACCUCUCAGAGAGAAGCUGUGAAGCUCUGUCCUCAGUUCUCAGCUCCCAGUCCUCCAGUCUCAGAGAACUGGACCUGAGUAACAACAACCUGCAGGAUUCAGGAGUGAAGCUUCUCUCUGCUGGACUGGAGAGUCCAAACUGCAGACUGGAAACUCUCAGACUGAGUGGCUGUAACCUCUCAGAGAGAAGCUGUGAAGCUCUGUCCUCAGUUCUCAGCUCCCAGUCCUCCAGUCUCAGAGAACUGGACCUGAGUAACAACAACCUGCAGGAUUCAGGAGUGAAGCUUCUCUCUGCUGGACUGGAGAGUCCAAACUGCAGACUGGAAACUCUCAGCUUGUCAGGCUGUCUGGUCUCAGAGGAAGGCUGUGCUUCAAUGAUCUCUGCUCUGAGCUCCAACCCCUCCCAUCUAAAAGAGUUGGACCUGAGCUACAAUCAUCCAGGAGACUCAGGAGUGAAGCUGCUGUCGGUUGGACUGAAGGAUCCACGCUGGAGACUGGAAGCUCUUAGGGUGGAGCCUGCUGGAGUCCGAUGGUUGACACCAGGUCUGAGGAAGUAUUCCUGUCAACUCACAAUCGACACAAACACAGUGAGCAGAAAACUCAAACUGUCUGAAGACAACAGGAAGGUGACACGUGUAAAGAUGCUUCAGUCACAUCCUGAUCAUCCAGACAGAUUUGAUCAGCCUCAGCUGCUGUGUAGAACUGGUCUGACUGGUUGCUGUUACUGGGAGGUUGAGUGGAGAGGAAAAGUUUAUAUAUCAGUGAGUUACAGAAGAAUCAGGAGGAAAGGAGACAGUGGAGACUGUUUGUUUGGAAAGAAUGAUCAGUCCUGGAGUCUGAUCUGCUCUGAUGAUGGUUACUCUGUCCGUCACAAUAACAGAAAAACAUUUAUCUCCUCCUCCUCCGUCUCUAACAGAGUAGCAGUGUAUGUGGACUGUCCUGCUGGUAUUCUGUCCUUCUACAGAGUCUCCUCUGACUCACUGAUCCACCUCCACACCUUCAACACCACAUUCACUGAACCUCUGCUUCCUGGCUUUGGGUUCUUCUGGUUCAAUUUUGGUUCCUCAGUGUUUCUGUGCUGAUUGAGUCUAAAGAGUCUCCUCCUGUCAGA